AUGCAGGACGUGUUAAUCCUGCUAACAUCAUGGACCCACGUCCUCUUAGCUCCGUACACAAAAGUAGAAGAAAGCUUCAAUUUGCACGCUACACAUGACGUCCUCUUUUACGGCGUUUUUCCGAACGCGUUGCAUAACUACGACCACUUCACCUUCCCAGGUGCAGUCCCACGUACUUUUAUAGGAAGCAUUCUCCUCGCUUGGUUAUCCACUCCAUUCAUUCAUUUAUCCACACUCCUCCGAGGGGUCGGUCCCAAUAAAUUGGAGAUCCAGAUUAUCAUCCGCCUAGUCCUAUCAACACUAACAUCCCUCUCCCUCAUCUUCCUCCGACACACCAUCUCUCGCCGCUUCGGCAAACGCACCGCCCUCUUCUUCACACUCCUAACAUGUUCCCAGUUCCAUUUACCUUUUUGGAUGGGUAGAACGGUUCCGAAUAUGUUCGCUUUUGGUCCUGUAACAAUUGCCCUCGCCCUCCUUAUAUCAAAACCCUCGCAAAAAUGCACCUCAACGGCAUUCACACUCCUAACAUUCUCCGCCACAACCUUCCGCGCCGAACUCGUACUCCUCCUCGCACCACUAGCCCUCCACGCCCUCCUCACGCGUCAGAUCACUUUCGGGAGGCUGGUGAAGGUGGGGCUGGCGGCUGGCUUGGCAUCGAUCGGACUAACAAUCCUAAUCGACACCUACCUCUGGCAAACCCCCCACCCCCUCUGGCCAGAACUAUACGGAAUAUACUUCAACGUCCUCCAAGGAAAAAGCGCCGAAUGGGGUACAUCCCCACUACACACAUACAUAACCACGCACCUCCCAAAACUCCUCCUAUCCUCCCUCCCACUCGCACUCCUCGCCCUCUUCACUGAUCCGCGCGUUCGCGGGGUGUUGUGGCCUACUAUGGCGUUUAUAGGCGCUAUGAGCUUGUUGGGACAUAAAGAGUGGCGGUUUGUGGCGUAUGUCGUUCCGGUUUGGAACAUCGCGGGUGCUAGGGGGUGUGUUUGGAUGUACGUUAGUCCUUUUUUUUGUUUUUUGUUUGGGUUUUUCGUGCGAGCAUUUCUUUCUUUCUUGAGCGUUCAUUCAUUCGCGUUUCGACGCUAUUCCUCUUUCUUCCCCACCGCCUUCCUCUCUAAGAGUGGCGGUUUAUCGUGUACGUGGGUUCCGUCGUGGAACGUUGCGGGCGCUAGGGGGUGUGUUUGGAUGGUCUCCCGAAGAAAAGGAACCCUCCUAGGCCGCCUCUCCUUCCUCUUCGUUAUGCUCCUCAUCCUCACCAACAUCCUCAUAACAACUCUCUUAACAACCGCGUCCAUGGCGAAUUAUCCAGGCGGACACGCACUUGCCCUCCUCCAUUCCCUACACUCUCUGGCUCUUACAAAGCAAGCACCACACGUACACAUAUGCAACCUCGCAGCUCAAACCGGUGCAUCCCUCUUUUCACAAAUCAAUUCCCCGCCUUUUCUUCCAUCUUCCCCCUUGGAUUUGAAGGAACGCAACGAAUGGUGGACGUAUAACAAAAUUGAAAACCUUUCCCUCGAAUACCUCACCUCUAAGGAAGCAGGGUUCACGCACCUCAUCACCGAGUCUCACUUCAAUCCGACAACAGAAUCAGAGUGGAAGCUUGCGGGAGUGAUAAACGGAUUCGAGAGGUGGACUGUAGACUGGCCAUCACUCACUGGCACAGGGAGGAAGGGAGAGUUGUCAAGGAGAUUUUGGGCCGUCUUGAACAUGGUACAGGUUGAGAGGCUGUGGAUAUAUGAGCGGGUUGGUUGGACUGGCCGCUGGACUUGA